CAUCAUAAUGCCACUCUAUCACCUUCACCAUGUCCGAUGACGAGGAUGACUAUCUUUCCGAUAAAUUUCUCGCAGAAAGCUCGUCGUCGACACGCCCUCAGACAUACAGCAGCUUACGCAAGGAGGCCCAGAAGAAAUCCCUGCUGAAGAAUGAGCAAAAUCGCCAAACGAGCCGGUAUCAGCGCGAGAUCGAGUCUCGCGAAGAAGGCCUGAGCAAAAGUCUUUUCACCCGGGCGAAAGAGGAGCAAGAAGCGGGCAUUUCUACCGGUAACAAGGCCAUGUCCAUCAUGAUGAAAAUGGGCUUCAAGCCAGGACAGUCGCUGGGCAAAACCGACGAUGAGCCAGCGGACGCCGCACCUAGCAUCAACGUUGCCAAUUUGUCCAAGAAAUCCGGAGGUCAUAAGGUGGAACCGCUUCCACUGAACGAGUGGGAAGGAAGAAAAGGCAUCGGCACUCGCAAGCGUGCGCUUUCUCCCACAUCUGCAGAACGUAUUGCCAAGAUGGCCAAGAUGGCCGAAACAGCUAAGCAGUCUAAUUUCCGCGACCGAGCGAUGCAAGAAUACGCGGAGCGACGCGCAGAGGGCAGGCUGUUAUCAGCGCAACGCACAUGCUCGAAUCUUGACGAGAAGGCCGCCAUCGAGUUCAAUGUCCUCUGUUUAAACCCGAACAACCCGGAAUCUUUCCCUGCCGGUCUGAUGGACGCCCUCGAGCAACACACAACCCUAUCUCUUCCCACAGCUACCCAGCAUAAUAAGACCUCCAUCGAGUCACGACUUCGUCGACAAAUGCAAUCAGAUGCUCUUCAACCCCUCGACGACGUCACAGAUCAAGGCCAGAAGGUGGUUGCUGCAGAUCCCGAAUUCUCACCGGAAACAUUAGAGGAAAGCGCACAAUACCUUCGUCUCCAGGCACAGGACCGUCUGGAAUUGAUAUUGGCGUACCUGCGGGAUCGGUACUUGUAUUGUUUUUGGUGUGGGUCGCAGUACCACAGCCAUGACGAAAUGUCCAGUGAAUGUCCGGGACCUGACGAGGAUGAUCAUUGACCGAUAAGUACCGUUCCAUCCUUCUUUCGUGUGCGGUUAUUUCAUACGGAGAGCCGUUGCCAUGUCCCCCUGCGCUCGUGACGCACUCCUUGAUACUGGUUGUCAUCGCACCGGCCUUGAGUCUUCUUAGCUCAGUCCCCAGUUCUAAAAGAGUAGCUUGCGAUAUAACUGUAAUCUUACACAUCAACGAGUGGCAGUACAUACACCAAUUGCUGUACCUGUGGAACUAGCUAACAAUCCCAAAAUGGAGGCUAGCUACCUAAAGAACCUAGUAACCAAGAAAACGAAAGGAAAAGUCCAAAGGAUGGUGGGUAGGUAAAAAGCCCUAUCGGUAACAGUUGCUAUACGCGAACCGGAAGUAAUGUUACAAUAUGUCCAGAUGUCCAAUGAAUACGUACGCUGACUUAUUUACAGCGUUAUC